AUGGCAUUAACUGUUGUGUUGUUUCAGGACAUUAUCAGUAGUAAUUUGUACUACACAGUGAACCGAGGGAUCCUGGCCGAUAUUUUAUUUCCAGCUGUUGGAACCAGUGGAACUCAAACCCUGCACAUAAAGAAACCAUUUCAUAUCACAGAAGUAUCUACCCUGGUAGCUAUUCCUUGUGAGAAUGAUUGUCAAACAAUGCUGGAUUGUUUAAAUGAUGAUGUGUACAGUGCCAUAUCCUGUUAUUUGGGUACCUUUGAUAAGGCUGCAGUUGAGCAUUUGUUGAAAAUGCAUAAACUUAAAGAAUUGGCAAGAAAUGUGAAGAAUGAAAAGGAAUGGCUAGAAGAAUAUGUGCAAGCAACCACACAAAACUUGUGCCCCACUUCAAGGUUUGGAAAGUUUCAAAGAAUUAAUUUUUAAUAACAGUAACGAUAAAGUUGUUUUGGGUAAGUCGGUCUUGUCUGAGGAUUUGGCAACUCUCACCUGUCAACGAUGGCUAAACAUAAACGUAAUUGGUCAAUAUGCAGAUAUUUUAAAUAGCUAUAACACAGAAACAAGAACAUUUAUUUUGAACAGAUUGAUUGGUUUGAAAGCAGAAGAUCUCGAGGAACUCAUUAAAACAAGUAGGGGGGAUAUUUGUAAAUAUUUUACAUUCAUAGUGAAUGUUGGAACAAAAGGCGGUUCACAAUAUGUGGGAACGCCUUCGCAAAAAGGAUGUCACUGGGUUGUACUCUAUGUUGAUACUACAACAAAUGAAUAUUGGUAUAUAGACACCUUGGGAUGGGCUCCACCAAAAGACCUUUUUGACUAUGUGAAUCCCAUUCUGGAUGCAUUCUUUUGUGCUUCUUCUUUAUCCAGAAAACAAACUUGUGGUCGAUAUCUGGCUCACAAGACAAGUAUUGAUGAUGUUGGUAGGCACAAAUGUCUGAAUUCAUGCUACAAAAACAUCCCACUUCAGGAUUGUGCUAGUGUCUGUGGGGUAAUAGCUGUUGUUAUUGCUUCACUGAUUUGCUUACAGCCAAACAUGUGGGCAUCUUGUUUUCUUUCCAGAAGCAAUACUUUCCCAGAUAGCUUGAGUUGGCUAACUCGCCCCUCCACACAUUCUUCCUACUUGCGAAGAGUACUUAUUGAAUGGAUCAUGCAUGGAGAGAUAGAUACAUCAGCUUUGGGUUUCUCACAUGCCAAUGUCAGCUUCAAAGCACCAUUACCAACAAAGUUUGUUCUAACUAAUAACUUUGUACCUACCACAACCUCCAACAUACAGGCAGCACUUGCCUAA